UCUGCUAUCAUCUCCCUUCUUCCAAUUGCUUUUCUUCUUCUCCGUAGCAGCUGCAGCUUCACCUGCCGCCGGUUUCCUGCUUCAUCGCCCUCGCUAACUGAUUUCAGGGAAUUGGGAAGAAUUUGGAAUGGGUGCCAGUAGCGAUCCCAACCCUGAGGCCUCUGACGAGCAGCAGAAACGCUCCGAGAUAUACACCUAUGAAGCCCCCUGGCACAUCUUCGCUAUGAACUGGAGCGUACGCCGUGACAAAAAGUACCGUCUUUCUAUUGCCAGCAUGCUUGAGCAUUACCCUAACCGUGUCGAGAUUGUCCAGCUUGACGACUCCAACGGCGAGAUCCGCUCUGACCCUAACCUCGCCUUCGAACACCCUUAUCCUCCCACCAAAACCAUCUUCAUCCCUGACAAAGAAUGCCAGAAGCCGGACCUCCUCGCCACCUCCGCCGACUUCCUCCGGAUUUGGCGCAUUUCUGAUGACCACUCCCGUGUCGAACUCAAGUCCGUCCUUAAUGGCAACAAAAACAGUGAAUUUUGCGGUCCUCUUACUUCCUUCGACUGGAAUGAAGCUGAGCCCAAGCGGAUCGGCACCUCCUCCAUUGACACCACCUGCACCAUCUGGGACAUUGAACGUGAGACUGUCGACACCCAGCUCAUUGCCCAUGACAAAGAGGUUUACGAUAUUGCCUGGGGUGGUGUGGGCGUCUUCGCCUCUGUCUCUGCUGAUGGCUCUGUUAGGGUUUUUGACCUCCGUGACAAGGAGCAUUCCACCAUCAUUUAUGAAAGCUCUGAACCUGAUACCCCGCUGGUCCGCUUGGGAUGGAACAAGCAAGACCCCAGGUACAUGGCCACUAUCAUCAUGGACAGUGCCAAGGUCGUCGUGCUAGAUAUUCGCUUCCCAACACUUCCUGUUGUGGAGUUGCAGAGGCAUCAAGCCAGCGUCAAUGCCAUUGCCUGGGCUCCACACAGCUCUUGCCACAUAUGCACUGCUGGGGAUGAUUCUCAGGCAUUAAUCUGGGACUUAUCAUCUAUGGGUCAGCCCGUUGAAGGGGGGCUGGAUCCAAUUCUGGCUUAUACUGCAGGGGCUGAGAUUGAGCAGCUGCAGUGGUCCUCCUCACAACCUGAUUGGGUUGCCAUUGCGUUUUCUUCCAAGCUUCAGAUUUUAAGGGUAUGAAUGAUUAAUGUAUCCUCAUUUCACACUUAUUCUGUAAGAUUAGCCACUAUGAUUAAUGAAUGUGAAUGUGUUUGCCUUUGACAAGAUGCUAUGUCUCUUCUUCAGUUAUUAAAUUACACCUUGCUUA